AUGCUGAUGCACUUGACGAACAAGAUGAUGUCGGUGCUACAGCGACCACAGGGCGUUAAACCAUUGCUCACUCGGUCUUUUGCACAUCGUGUGAAGAUGGUGCUAAAGGAGGACGUGGCUAAGCUUGGAUACCGUGGUGAAGAGGUAUCUGUAAAAGCGGGUUAUGCUCGUAACUAUCUGUACCCUGAAAAGCUGGCAGUGUAUGCCACGGAGGCCAAUUUGCACAAGUUUAAAGUGGACAAGGAGUCGGUGGACGAGACGCAAUUGGAGAAAGAGCACGAGCUUGAGGCAAUUAUCUAUCAACUUAGUAAUAUCGAGGUUAUGUUUAAACGUCAUACGGCCAGUAAGACCGACGUUAAGCUACACAGUGAAGUGAAUGCCCAGAACAUUUCGGACAUGUUGGAAAAGCAGUAUGGCCUGCUCGUGGGUGUAGCCCGUAUUGACUUGCCGACGCCCAUUAAGACUCUGGGUGAGCACAUGGUCAAGGUCCGUGUGGAUAAUGCGAUUGAAGAGGAGUACGCUGCUGGUGCUGUGGUGUCCGCUGCAGAAGCCGAGGCGGAGGAGACUGCUGAGGAUAACGAUAAGAAGCAGAAGAAGGGACCGUCUAAGAAGAAAUGGGUGAGUCUUGCUAUUCAUAUCGAGCGACGGUAA